GGUCACUGUUUUGCGCAUGCGCACGUCAUUACGUUGAGCGCCCGUGAGAAGCUGCGUUGAACCGCUGGAUCAGUAGCACAACAUGUCAGAGAAGAAACAAACAGUGGAUUUGGGACUCUUGGAGGAGGAUGAUGAAUUUGAAGAAUUCCCAGCAGAGGACUGGACGGGCCUGGAUGAAGAUGAGGACGCUCACGUUUGGGAAGAUAACUGGGAUGAUGACAACGUAGAGGACGACUUUUCUAAUCAGCUGAGAUCGGAGCUUGAAAAACAUGGAUACAAGAUGGAAACCUCUUAACAUUGGACUGCUUGAGCUGAAAAAGGAUUUUUCCACAUUUGAAUAUUGUCAGUUUGUUCUGUCAACAGAAAAUAUGAGUUCUCUCAUUACUUCUGUAAGAAGCCCGGGUCAGCUGAAACUGAUAUCAAUAUUUUUCCCCUCCCUUAUGUACAAUUUUUGUUAAUAAUUGUGAUAAUAAAGAAUUGUUUUCCCUA